AUGGAAAUGUGGGUAGUUAAUCGUGAUCAAUGUGUUUAUACAUCGUGUUAUUGUGAAGAAAAUAUUUGGAAACUUUGUGAAUGUUGGAAACAAAAUAAUCCAAAUCAUUUAAAUUCUCUCUAUGCAGUAUUUAUUUCUAAUAAACGACGACAAAUUCCUAUUUGGGAACAAAAAUCUGCUUCCAACAGUGAACAUCUUGCUAUAUGGGAUUAUCAUGUGAUCUUAGUUGAUAAAUCUUCAUCUCCUUCUGUCAUAUAUGAUUUCGAUUCUACACUUCCGUUUCCUGUUUCUGCAACUAAUUAUAUUCAACUAGCUAUUCGUGAUGAAAUAAACAUCGUACAUCGAUAUCAUCGCAUGUUUCGAGUAAUACCAGCUCAAGAAUAUCUUGAUGUAUUUGCAUCAGAUCGUUCACAUAUGCUAAAAGAAGAUAAAAUAACAUAUAUAGCAUCACCACCAUCAUAUCCGCCAAUUUGUAAUCAAAAAUCAACAAAUAAUAUUAAUGAAUUUAUUGACAUGGAAUCAAAAAAUGGACCUGGCAUUGUAAUGAAUUUAACUGACUUUCGGCGAUUUUUAGGAAUUUGA